UAAUAAUUCAAAAUAAAUAAAAUUUGCCUGUCGCCCGCCUCUAAACAACACUUGGGACUUUUAAAAUGAAAAGAAAUUCCAUUAUUUUUAAAUUAUAGCCAUGAAAACAAUAAACAUAAAAGCAUUCAGAGAAUUAAAGUCAGAGAAAAAUCACACUACUGUAGUAAGCAUACUAGAUGAAAAAACUGUUACAAUAACAAAUAUAAAGGUUAGUUUGUCAGGUGCUGGUGAUAGUAGAGAGCGCUUGCGCCGUUAUCAAGCGGAUUAUGUUUUCGAUAGUAUUUCUUCUGCAAGUCCGAGUUAUGCUUCACAGGAAAGAGUAUUUCAAACAAUUGGUCAACCGGUUUUGGACAAUAUAUCAAGGGGCAUAUCAGCAUGUGUCUUGGCAUAUGGCCAGAGUGCCACCGGAAAAACCUAUACCAUGAUGGGAACUGAGGCUAAUCCAGGAUUGAUACCGAGACUUUGUUUGGCGUUCGCUGAUACGGGACCAUUGGAGUUAACUGUCAGUUUUUUUGAAAUAUAUAACGAACGCGUUCAUGAUCUGUUGGCCUCUGACGUUCUACCUUGUAAUUCACUCCCGAGGCGAACUGGAAAUACGCGGAAAGACCUACGCGUACGGGAACAUCCCACGAAAGGACCAUAUGUACAGAACCUACGACGAGUAUCAGUGCAUGACGUGGAGUCCUUGUUAAGCAUAGUGAGUGAAGGGAAGCGACAAAGACGAUCUGCCGCUACUAAAAGAAACUGCAAUUCAUCGAGGUCUCAUGCACUACUGGAAAUAAGUACACCUCAUGCUACGCUACGAUUGGUGGAUCUUGCUGGAAGUGAAAAAGCUGGCCAAGAAGGCAACGGUGGAUGUCGACAAAAGGAAGGAUCAAAUAUAAACAAAUCUUUGGUUGCAUUGAGCAAUGUUAUUUCAGCCUUAGCUCCCAAUAGCCCAUCCGGACUUCUGUUGAGAUAAUGUUCUACGCGAUCCUGAUGUUGCAACAGCUACGGACAUUGAGAAACCGCUUUCGAAAUUGCAUACGUAAAAUUGCUAUCGCCAUUGAGAGUUUACCCUGUAGAUAUAUCCAAUAUGCAUCUUUGCAUUGACAAUUUUUUCUUU